AUGGCAUUCGAAGGAGUUCCGGAAAAGAUGCUUGCAGCACAAGUCGUGGAAUUCAAUCAACCCUACAAGAUCCACUCCAUCCCUACUCCCCGCGGUCCCCUCCACGAACACGAUAUCCUCGUACGUGUGGCUGCGGCAUCCCUCUGUCACACAGAUGGCAUGGUAUUAGAAGGCGUACUGGGUACGACCCUUCCGUGUACCGCCUCGCAUGAAGGAGCCGGCACCGUUGUCGCGAUAGGCUCUAGCGUGUCAGGCUUCAAGCCAGGAGAUCGCAUCCUAUGUAGCUUGACAUACCAUCGUUGUGGCGUCUGUACUGAUUGCACUGGGCCCGAGCAUGAACAGCAGUAUUGCGCUCAUAGCGGAGGGUAUCUGGGCGUUCUCAGAAAUGGCUCAUUUGCCGAGUAUGAGGUUGUAGAUGGAACGGAGUGCAAUUUGUUACCGGAUAAUUUGAGGAGCGGUCUCGCGAAAACGGGCUUGAAAUCGGGAGAAUGGAUAGCAAUAGUAGGAGCGGGUGGAGGUCUAGGUCAUUUGGGGGUGCAGUUUGCCAAAGCGCUAGGUCUUAAGGUCAUUGCUAUUGAUGCUAGAGACGAAGCAUUACAACUUGCUAAAGACUGUGGCGCCGAUGUGCUGGUAGAUGCACGUCAAGAUAAAAACAAAGUUAUUGAAGAUGUCGAGAGGGUCACGGGCGGCCAUCGUGCAAACUCGACUCUCAACGUUAGUGAUCAUGAAAGCGCUGCAGCAACAGCGGUCGCGGUUACAAAGAGGCACGGAACGAUGAUUCAGAUUGCUCAGCCUGAGAAAAUUAGCGUCCCAUUUGAAGAUGUGAUUUUUCGGGAUAUCAGAAUCCAUGGGAGUCUUGUUGGAUCCCAAGGCGAAGCACAAAAAAUGCUAGAAUUAGUAUCAAAACACAACAUUAAAAUUCAAACAAACCCAUUUAAAGGCUUGGGAGAGAUUCCCAAGGCAGUGGAGCUCGCUCACUCAGGCAGAAUGAAAGGAAAACCUGUCAUCAUAGUGGAUGACGAGGCCAUUGAAAGAGAGAAAAAAUCGGGACUGCAAAUGAUAUGA